CAGGGCAUGCCUAUGAGCUAAACAUUAAGAUUGGUUUGUGUUUCCAGAGGGACAUGUUAUGGGGUGGCACCGUAACUCAGCAGACAGCACACAAGAACACGAUGGUUAUUUGUGUGCUGGGUCGAUACCUCCUCAAAAGCAGCCUCUGCAGCAGAUCCUGGUGGAGGAAGAGCAGCCUGUACUCGGCCGGCCAUGGCUUCCAGCCCGAGGAGAUCAGGGAUAAGCUCAGGGCCUUCCCCGGGGGGGCGGUGGACCUGCUCACCCAGGGGGAGACGGGGCUGGCAGUGCUGACCGUCAACAACCCCUCCCGCAUGAACGCCUUCUCGGGCGCUAUGAUGGUGGAGCUGGAGGAGAGGGUGUCUCAGCUGGAGUCGUGGACGCAGGGCAAAGGCCUCAUCGUGCGAGGGGCAGCGGGGACCUUCUGCUCAGGCUCCGACCUCAACGCCGUCAGGGCCAUAUCCAACCCACAGGAUGGGAUGAAGAUGUGCAUGUUUAUGCAGGACGCUCUGACCAGACUACAGAGGCUGCCUCUGGUGUCGGUGGCGCUGGUGGAGGGCAGAGCACUGGGAGGAGGCUCAGAGCUCAGUACUGCCUGCGACUUCAGGCUGAUGACCCCUGACAGCGUGAUCCAGUUCGUCCACAAGCACAUGGGCCUGGUUCCGGGCUGGGGCGGGGCCGCCCGGCUGGUCCGCCUGGUGGGGGACCGCCACGCCCUGCGGCUGCUGGGCGGGGCCCUCAAGGUGGACCCCGAGCUGGGGCUGCGGAUCGGGCUGGCGGACGGCGUGCUGGGGGAGGGGGCCCCCCAGGACGGGGACGAAGGGGCCCUCCGGCAGGCGGAGGAGUGGCUGAGCCGCUACACCAAGGGGCCCGCCGAGGUGAUCCGGGCCGCCAAGAGGGUGGUGUCGUCGGGGAGGGAGCUGCCCCUGACGGAGGCCCUCCGGGCGGAGAAGGAGGUGUUUGGGACCGUAUGGGGCGGGGAGGCGAACCUGAGGGCCUUGGCCGGCAAGACGAAGCACAAGUGAGGCUGCGACGGGGACCGAAGACCACCACCUCCUCCUGCACCACCACGCCCACCUCCUCCAAUCAGCUCCUCUCAGACCUCAGUUGAGUUCCUGAUCAACUUCCUGACAGAAGUUUAGCUGGGGACAAUGACGUCCUAACAUGGAGAACGACCCAAAGCUCUGUUCUGAUCUGAAUGGUGAUUCCGCACGGAUAUAAUGAGCGACAGGUGAUAUGUUUUGAAAAAGACGUAUAAAACAAUGACGUCUCAAUGAAAACUCUGUUAUUGUGAAAUUCCUUUGCCGUUCACAAAUGUCAGUGCCUCACUUUAUUUUUGUUUGUGUCCCACAUCUGUUUAGUUUGAAAUCUAUGUACGAUUUAUUUUGACAGCUGAAUAAAACCCACAAAUCAAUGUUUUUGUCUGCAGUCCACCAGCCAUUCAAGUCUCAACAAAAUGUCCCCUUUUGUGACAGACUACCGCCUCAAGUUGUAGAGAUGUGUUGCUUCAUCUUUGCUCUGCAGUCUAACCACGUCCACAUGUAGGACCUGCUUUCUGGGUCAGGACGGCCAGACCACCUGCCAAGAGCCUCAAACGAAGCUUGCUCAACUGCUUUCUCUGGUGAUCAACAGUCCUCUGGAAUGGGAUUAUAUUAAUGGUUAGAAUUAGCAGUUAUCAGCAUAUAAGUGAAGGUCAGACUGCAGGCAUCCUGUGGCACCCUGGUAUAUAAUGACAGGACGGGCCCAAAGCUUUGGCAUCUGUCCUGUUUAAGAGUAAAAAUGCACCUCAGCCAAAAUUCAUGAGCCGUCACGUCUAAUGGUGUCAUACUUUAUUAAAAAGGAUGUACCCUUUUUUACCUUCCUCUUAAAUGUGAGGUGAGGCAUCUGAUCCCCUCUGAAUAUUGGACCCAAGGGCUCGAAGACAUUUAACUUUUAAAGGGGAAAUAUUAUGCCGCACCAGCUGUCGGUGUGAUUAGCCUUACAAGCCAUUUCGAAAAUCUGCCCCAUAUGACAUCACUAGUGGGCGUGUCCACCUAAAUCUGUGCUGGAUAUAUCAGUCUACCAGCCUACCCCGUGGCCUGAAGUAAACGUUGCUCAUCUAGCCAGCACAGAUCGAGGUGGACACACCCACUAGAUCUGUGAUACCAUGUCCUAUGGGGCAGAUUUUCGAAAAGGCUUGUAAGGCUAAUCACACUCACACCUGGUGGUAUAAUAUGUCCCCUUUAAGAUUGUUAGGUCAUAAAUCCGAAUAGCUUUUUGGCAGUUAUUUUCUCCAUCAUAAGACCUUUUUUAAUCAGGGCCCCAGUUGUCUAUUUCUCUUGCGCUCUGUUAAGGUGUGUGUGUGUGUUCAAAUGUAAUAGUUCUUUCAUUGAUUUUUACUCUAAAGCUACAAUCAGUAACAUCACCCAAAGAACCAAAACACGACGCGCUGGCUUUUGAUUUUAACCUCUUUUAUUCAAAAAAGGCAUCUUUCAUUCUCACACACCAGCUCAUUACAAUUAAUGGAAGAAACCUUGACUGAAUAUCAAAAACGAAAAAAUAAGACCCUUUGCCUUUUGGUGAUCUAAGACGCUACGCUCCGCGCCUCUCGCGGCAGCCUCCAUCGUUCAUGUAAUAAAUACACUCCGUCGAGCGCGGGGAAACCUUGACUCGGGUCUUCUGGUCCGUUCUGUACGUUUGCCUUCUCUUUGCCACUGCUGUUAAGGCCAAUGCACAUCUCUCUCUCUCUCUCUCUCUCCCCCUCGCUUGCACCUUACGUUACACAAAGCCUGCUCACACAGGUUGGAUAUGUUGUAAUUUUUUGUAUACAUCUUACUUUUUUGCGUGUGAAACAUGAACGAUAUUUUUUACAAUAAAAAGCAGUUUAUUGUAGGUAGCAAUCGAAUGGCGCGGAGAAGCAUCGUAUUAGUAACCCUAUUCAGAAAUAUCAGUUUACAGUGCGUUUGGUUGUGACUUAAAACAAAACUAACCCUAAAAGGAAUGGGCCGAGAAAGUAAAAACGGACAGCAUGACAGCAUCUGGCUAACAUUGAUUUUUAAGUGUAACGA